UGCAUGCUUUCUAAUUCUUGAGCCUCUAAACCAUGAAUUAUAGUGAAAAUUUUAGGUCAAGACAAGUAUAUCUUAAACACCUUCUUGGAGCACUUGAGGGCCUAAAAAAUUCACCCACCAGCAAUGAAGAUGAAGUUGCAGGCUCAAAUCACAACAUAAAGCUAGCUGUGGAUGUAUCUCUCGCUCUCACUGCAAACCAGGCGGCAUGGAGCCGAGCUCUCCUCAGCAGAAUUUCUAGCAAUGAGAAAAACAGAGCUGCUCUGAAAAAAAUUAUGGGACCCAAGAAGUUCCGUGCAAUAAUUGCUCAGAAGCUCAGAUAUCAAGCUCAUUUGGUAUUGCAGUCCAAGCUGAAACGAGCCCAUAAGCACCGGCGUAAGACUUCUGUUGGGGUGACCAGACAGAAUGGUUUAUCAUUAUGCAAAAUUUUUAGCUCUAAGAGAUCGGAUCCUGUAAACCCAUCUCAUGCAAAUUUUGUUAAGAAGCUGCAAAAGCUAGUUCCAGGUGGAGAAUUAAUGGACACUUCCUGCUUGCUUCGAGAAACUGCACUUUACAUCACAUCUCUUACAACACAGGUAGAAGUUCUGCAAUAUCUAAUAGAUUCUGUGAAUAAUACCCAACACCCAGUUUGUAAAAACUUCUCCUCUUGAGUAUAGAUACUUUUUGCUUUCAUUUGUUUCAA